GGUUGCAUUCACCAGAUCGGGAAGGAAAUUUCCCAUUACACAACGAAAUUGGCAUAACUUGGGGAAUGUUUUUGUUUUAAUUUGAUUCUUUGAAAAUGUGUCCUGUUUAUUAUCACGUUGAAAGAAUUGGCCUUCGAAGUGUUAUUGCUUAGAAAAACUUUGAAUGCCGGGAAAAGAAAGACAUCGCGUGAUUGAAAACCCAGGAACUAGACAUAUCGUCUCUUUGUAUCCCAUUGCAGCGCUUUUCCCGAUCAAUGUAGUGCGCGGGGUUAGAAAUGUGAGGAUAGCAGCAAGCAAGUAAACAAGUCCGAUGCUUUCGGAAAUAAUUGCAAUGAUAAUUGCACUCUCUGUAUAUGCAGAGGGAAAUAGAUGAAUCUCUCGCUCUGAGGACCUCAACGAUGACGACGGGCGUCGUCGGUUUGGUCGAUAAGAAAGCGGUGUCGUCCGGUGACAAAUUGAAGAGAAAAAAAACACAUGGGUGUAUCUCUACACUUUGAGAUACAUAUAGAUUUCUAACGGAAAGAUGCCGGCCUCUAACCGGCUACAUAUGAUCAAUGGACAUACAGCCGGCGAACCACUUUUAUUAAUAAAUACCUACAACGUUAAGUGGAGUUAAUUAUUGUGGUUUGCAUGAAUAAUGGAAGACACCACGUGUCAACCGCUAGUGACUUGUUGGACUGAUACAUAAAUGUUGAUAAUAUAGGAAAAUAAACAGUGGAUAAGUGAUGGUAAUAUACAUAUCAUUCUUACCUGUCAACAUGUUUUUGAAGAGAUGGUCACUAAAUUUUUAGAAUAUUGUGAAUCCAAUCAGUCGCAGCAUUGAAAAAAGUGACCAACUUCCUGUACGUCUUAUGGAAAAGUGAUUCGAUUUCUAUUGUAGUGCUUUAAGACGGAGACAUGUUAAUAGGAGAGACCGUAACGGACCGGAAAGACGAUGCGUUCUGCGAAAUCGUAGUCAGUUGCCAGUCGCUCAGCAAGUACGAGACCAACAUCUGGUCGGCCUUACCGCAGAUCACCUCCUCGAUCAUCGCCGCAGCAUUUCACAUCGUCAUCGGCGUGUCGUUGGCAUUCUCGGCCAUCCAAAUACCUCAGCUCGAAGAUCCCAGCAGUGAGCUGCGGAUCACCAAGGCACAAUCGUCAUGGAUUGCUUCCAUAAUCGUGAUCAUGGUUCCGAUCGGGUCGCUUUUCGCCGGCCUGGUGAUGGAGUUUCUCGGCCGGCUGAAUACCAUCAAACUGGCCACGGUGCCCUGCGUCAUCGGGUGGAUCAUCAUUGCCCUGGCCGAUAGCUUCACGAUGAUAAUGGUCGGACGGGUGCUGACCGGAUUUGCCUGUGCCAUGGGUAUGAGCCCGGCCAUCGUCUACAUCACCGAAGUAUCCCGGCCCGAUAUGCGGGGAUCGCUUAUUUCUUCCGGACCAACCAUUGCUUCCCUAGGUAUGGUAAUAGCAUAUACGAAGGGUGCCUUCCUACACUGGCGUGUUGUCGCGUGGACCAGUAUCAUCUACACCGUGCUGCCGGUGAUACUGAUUCAGCUGUUCGUACCGGAGUCUCCGGUUUGGUUGGUUUCAAAGGGCCGUAUUGAAGAUGCUGCCCGGUCGCUUCGUUUCCUGUACAAAAAGUAUCCCCAGCCCGAUCAUACGGACACACCUUUGGCCGAGAUGCACUUGAACGCACUGCUCAAAGACCGAGAAUCGAAAAUUCGCGAAGCCGAACGUACCAUGGGUGCCAACAAAAGCAAACUUCGGGGUUUCCUGAAACCUACCGGCUACAAACCGCUGAUCAUCCUGUUCUGGUUCUUCCUGAUCCAACAGUACAGUGGAAUUUACAUCACACUGUUCUACGCGGUCACCUUUAUCCAGGAUGUCGGGACCGAGGUGAACGCCUUCACGGCUUCCAUUUUUGUCGGAAUGACACGGUUUUUGAUGAGUCUGUUUAAUGCCUGGCUGCUGAAGCGUUUCCGUCGAAGGUUGCUGGUGAUGGUUUCCUGCACCGGAAUGGCCAUUUGCAUGUUCACGUCCGGAACUUUCACCUACUGGAUCAAAGAGGGCACCACUACGCUGACGUGGGUUCCUGUGGUUGGAUUGCUGCUGUACGUUUGCUCUUCCAUGAUCGGUUUGCUGACCAUCCCAUGGACUAUGACUGCUGAGCUGUUUCCGACGGACAUUCGAGGUAUCGGCCACUCGAUCUCGUUUUCUCUAGCUUACGUUCUCAUGUUUAUUGCCGUUCAAGGAUACAGGUCCCUGGACGAAUUACUUGGCGGUGCCCAUGCGACCCAAUGGAUGUUUGGGGCUGUUUCGGUGAUUGGCUUUUUCUUUGCCCUGUUCUUCCUGCCAGAAACGCACGGCAAAUCGCUCGCUCAAAUCGAGGCGUACUUCGCCGGCAGUAAGAAGCGUUCUUCAACGCAUGUCCAGGAGAGCAGCUCUCCGCGAACCAAUGUGGUCGAUCACCUGAUCAAAAGUCCCAGCACAAUACGGAUGGCCGAAAUGGAGUCGAUGUUGAAAUUGCGCAGGGAUUCAACAACAGCUUAGGGCGAAUAGGCGUGAUACGAAACGUAUAUUUCUAUGUGUUUUUGCUAAAAUUUAUCAGUACGAAGGACAAAACAUUCAGAUAUAAGUGUACUUACGCUGCUUUAUAAAAUAUAACUGCGGUCAAAAUUGAGGAGAAAAGUAUUUACAAAACUUUGAUACUGUAACAAUGAAGGAGUACUUAAACGAGAAAAUGGGUCUUGCUAUUCAGCUACAAGUAGCCCUACGAUACAACGCUAGAACAGUAUUACAUUUUGAAACUGUAUUUUUGUAUGACAAAUAUCAAUAAAUUUCUUACGUAUAUUUUCAGUUCACUUUGUACCGAUUAAGGAAUAGAUGUUAGAUUUGUAAAAGUAAGAGUUGUUUUAAAUCUGUUGGAACACAUUUCGAUUAUAAAAACUUUUUUUACGGCAGCUUCUGAAAUAUAUUUAUUUACAUUCAUUAUUUAACCGUAA